AUGAUCAUUCAUCAUUAUGAUUAUGUAAUACAUUUACCAUUGAUUACAUUAUCAUUAUCUAAACUAUAUUUUUAUAUCAGCUUUCUAUUCUACUUUCUAUUAUGCUUAUCUAUUCAUGAGAAUACAAUACAAAAUAUUAAUGAAUUAACAUUUACAAUAAAAGAAGAAUUACCCAUAGGUACAAUUAUUGCAUCAAAUAUACAAUUAGGUAAUUUAUUUUUACAUUUUAAUCACUAUGGUAACAUUGAAAAUAUGACAAAUAUUAUUAAAAUAUUAAAUCAUAAAGAUCCAGGUAUAAAUUGUUUUCAUUUUCAAUGGUUACCAAUAAAACCAUUAAAUAAUUCGAAUAGAAAUCAAUUACAAUUGAUUAUUACGGAUCGAAUUGAUCGUGAAAUUAUAUGUCCAAUUAAAACUCAUGAAUUACGUAAUAAUAAUAAUAAUAAUAUGAAUGAUCCUAAUCAUCUUGAUCUGGAUCAUAUCAAUGAUCUACAAUCUAUAAAUUCUGAUUGUAUCAUUACAUUAAGAAUAGCAUUAUUUAUAAAUAAUCUACAAAAAAUUUAUCAAAUUCAUAUUUAUAUAGAAGAUAUUAAUGAUAAUCCACCAAAAUGGAAUAUGAAUAAUCUAACAAUCUAUUUUCAUGAUGAAGAUUCACCAGGGACAAAACAAUCUAUAGUAUUAGCUUAUGAUAUAGAUAUUGAUAUUAAUGCUAAAAUUACAUAUCAAUUAUUAAAUAAUGAUAUAUAUUCUUAUCAAUUCAAUCAUAGAAAUUAUAAUCAUAAUGAUAAUUUGAAUUUACGCGGUACCGAUAUAUUUGAAUUAGUUCAAGAAACAUUGAAUCAUGAACGUUUAUAUUUAAGAACACGAUAUACAUUAGAUCGUGAAUCAAGACCUAAUAGUUGGAAUUUAUUAUUAUUAGCUAUUAAUAAUGAUAGUUUAAUACAAUUAAGUAGUCAAUUAUUAUUACAUAUUCAUUUAAUUGAUAUUAAUGAUAAUAGUCCCAUGUUUACACAAACAUUAUAUAAACCACAAUUACCAAAUCAAAAAAUUGGUAUUAUCCCUGAAAAUUAUCCAAUCAAUAAAACAAUUUUAAAAGUAUCGGCUACAGAUAUAGAUGAAGGUGAAAAUGCUCAAUUAACUUAUCAUUUAGCCAUAGAUACUACUACUACUACUACUAAUCAAUUAUUAUGUCAUUUUUUUAAUUUAACACAAAAUGGUGAAUUAUAUCUUAUUCAAUCAUUAAAUGUAGAUAGAAUAACACAAAUCAAUUCAACUCGUUUAUAUUUACCCAUAUCAAUGAUUAAUUUAGAUGUGAUUGUUAUAGAUGGUGCUAUGAUACCAUAUAGAAAAACUGGAUCAACUACUAUUCAAUUACAAAUAGAGAAUAUUGAUGAUGAACCACCUGAGAUCUAUAUACAUCCUAUUCAAUCUCUACAACAACAACAACAACAAAAAGAUGAUCAUUCCAUAUUACAUAAUCAACACUUCUAUGAAACAGAGAUUGGUGUCUAUGAAAAUCAAACUAUUGGACAAUUAAUUGCUUUAAUUGAAGUAAAAGAUCCUGAUGAUUUAAUGAAUCCAACUACUAUACAAUGUAGAUUAAUUGGUUCUAAUUCGAAUGAUUUUUAUUUAUCUUAUCAUAAUUCAAUCAAUAAUGAAUAUCAAUUAUAUACUAAUACAAUAUUAGAUCGUGAAAUACAAUCUAAAUUAUUAUUAUCCAUUGAAUGUAAAGAUUUAGCUAAUCAUAUCGCAUUACAUAAUUUGAUCAUACAUAUAUUAGAUAUAAAUGAUCAUCAACCACAAUGUAUGGAAUCUCAUUAUUAUUAUUCAUUAUAUGAAGAUGAUAAUGAACAAGAAGAUCAGGAUGAUCGUGAUCGUGAUCCUGAUCCUGAUCAUGGUGUAAAUUAUCGAUUGGAUAAAACAAUGAAAAAUCGUACAUGGUUAACAUCAAAUGGUUUAGCUUAUAUUUUAGCAACUGAUAAUGAUAUUGGUAUAAAUAGUCAAUUAAUUUAUGAAUUAUCUAAUGAAUCUAUUGAAAAAAUCAAUUAUAAAUUUACAAUUCAUUCUAAUACUGGACAAUUAUUUGCAUGGGGACCAUUUGAUCGUGAAUCUAUAUCAAUUUAUGAAUUAAUCGUUAUAGUAAAAGAUAAUGGUAACCCUAUACAAUUAAGUACAAAUUGCUUAGUAACUAUCAAUAUAUUAGAUAUUAAUGAUAAUAUACCAAUAUUUCAUCCACAAUUAAAUAUUAUUGGAGGUUAUUUAUUUCAUAUUAAAGAGAAUCAAUUACCCGGUACAUAUAUUGGACAAAUUCAAGCCUAUGAUUUAGAUGAUUUACCAGCUUCCAUAGAUAUAACACAAUUAUUUCAUGCAUAUGAUCAAUCGAAUUCAUUAUUAGUAUUAUCAUCAUCCUCAUCAUCAUCAUCAUCAUCAUCAUCAUCAUCAUCAUCAUCAUCUAAUAUCCAUAAUGUUAAUAAUGAUGAAUUCAAAGAGAUUUUAAGUAGUAUGGAUAAAAAAUUAACAUAUUCAUUAAAAAAUGAAUAUCAUUCACAAAUGUUUCGUAUUGAUCCUAAAACUGGAGUUAUUAUUACACGAACAAUACUAGAUCGUGAAAUUCAAGGAACAUAUACAUUCUAUGCAUAUGUACAUGAUGGUCCUGAUAAACCUAUUCAAAUAACAAAUACUACUGUUAAUAAAACUGAAAUUCAACGUACUAUUAAUAAUUAUCGUUCACAUACAGCUUCUAUCAUGAUUACAAUUACUAUACAAGAUGAAAAUGAUAAUGAUCCAGUAUUUAUUCGACCAAAUUCAACAAAUCAUAUGAUAUUAUUGAAUCCAACAGCUAUACCUGGACAAUCAUUAUCACAAUUAUUAGCAAUAGAUCCAGACGAAGGUUUAAAUGGACAAGUAUCAUAUGCAAUAAAAGGUGAAACAGCUGGAAUAUUAUUCAAUGUUGAUCCAAGAACUGGAUUAUUAUACUUAGAAAGUCAAAUACCAAGACAAUAUAUAACAAAUAAUAAACAAAAAACUACAAUAAAUAAUCAAAGAAAUGAUUUGAAUUAUCCAACAUUUUUACUAGGAUUAGAUGCAUGUGAUCAUGGAGAACCAAGACGAUGUACACAUUUUCCAAAUCUUCAGAUACAGAUUCGCAGUUCAUCGAACAUUAUUGAUGAAGAGAAAUCAAAUGAAUACAGACAAACUGAUUUAUCUAUGAAUCAACAAAUGGAUGAUAUUUUUAUGUCUCAAUCAAGUCAUGGAUCUGUAUCAUCAUCAUCAUCAUCAUCAAAUGGUUCUGGUACUUCAACUACUUAUCUUGGAAGAUAUUCACUUGGUGAAAUAUUAAUCAUUGGAUUAUCUAUAUUCUUUUCAAUAUUAAUUUUAAUUAUUCUAUUUACUAUUUGUAUUGUACGACGUAGAACUCAACGAAUAUUACAGAAUAAUGAACGAAUAAAUCCUGAACUGUUGAAAUUGAAUCAAGGAAAUGCUGGGUUCAAUGUUGAAUCGAAUGAAAAAAAUAAACGAACCAAACCUCGGGUUAAGUUAUCCAAUUCAAAUAUUAAUAAAAAGAAUACAACUGUUAAAAAGUCAUUUUUAUUAAGGUUACUUACACGACAACUAAAUAAAAAUAGAACUAUGAAUAUGGAUCAUGCACAUGUGAAUACAACCUCAUCAACAUCAGUGUUACCAAUCAGUUGUAAUUUAUCAAUGAACAAUUCAAAUCCAUUGUCAAUAUCAUCGACAUCAGUAUUAUCAUCUUCUACAGGACAAAUGAUGAAUCCAUUCAGAUUAAAUUAUUCUGUAGAUAUGAUGAAUUCAUGUUUAUAUAAUCCAAAUAUUCAUCAUUCUAUAAAUUAUGGACCCUACAGUCCAAUAUGUGUAAAUACUACUAAUAAUAUACCAGUAAUAUCAGAUGAUUAUCAAUCAUUGAAUUGUUGGAAUGAUUUACCAGUAUAUUAUUCAAAUCAAUUAAAACAAGACAAUAUAACAAAUUUAAAUAUACCACAAUUAUAUAUGAAACAAUUAAAACAACCAAUCAACGCACAAAAUUCAAAUUUAGAUAUUAAUAAUAAUAAUAAUAGUAAUAAUAGUAGUAAUAAUAAUAAUAUUACAUCAUCAUCAUCACCACCAACGACAACAACAACAACAUUAUCAUCAUUACCAAUUGUAUUACAUAAUAAACAAAAUGAUUCUAAUUGGAUAUUACACGAUACUCAUCUAUUAAUGAAUAAUAAUAAUAAUAAUAAUAAUAAUAAUAAUAAUAAUAAUAUAAAGAAUAAUGGUAUAUUAUCAAAUGAUUUGAACAAUCAUUCAUUAUUAAACCAACAGAAUAUUUCCAAAACUAAAGAGAAUUCACAAGCUUAUACAGGAUUAAUUAAAUCUAGUUUUGUAUAG